CACGCACCGUCUGUUCCCUACCACACCACCGAGUAGCGGCGCAGAAAUCGAUGCACGCCAUGAUUGUUGACAAUUCGAGAAAAAUGUCAAAAAUCUGACAGAUCGUAAAAUAAUUUGACAGCUGAUACAGUUUUCCUUAGACUAAUUACAUGAUGGAUAGUGACAGGCAGCUCGACAUUUCUAUCGUGAAAUAUUUAACGAAACAGUUUCUUUGCUGUACUGUGAUGGUUAAGAUGAAUUUCAUGCCUUUGGAUGGAAAUAUGGAUUAUCCUUUUAGUUUAGAUAUCCAGAAGCAAAUCUUAGAUAGUACAAUAAAUAGCGAUUUGAUUAAACAAUAUCCGUUGAAAAUGUCAUAUCAGAAAGCGUUUUUAAAGUUAUAUAUGACAAAGAUAGAAGAAAGCGGUAAUGAAAUUCAUGACGAUUUAUAUACAGCAUAUUGUAGAUUAAUAUCGUUGCAAGAUGAAGAAUCUGUACAUUAUCGGCAUUUUUUGAUAGAAAAUGGAACAUUAAAUUGUAUCACAUUGAAGGAAAGUACAAAUCUGAUUUCUAAAGGAACUACAGGUUUAUGUAGUUGGCAGGGUGCUGUAGUAUUAAGUGAUUGGUGCGCAGAAAAUAUAGAACAGUUUCAUAAAAAGAAUAUAUUGGAACUUGGAUGCGGAGUUGGAUUGACCGGUAUGAGCAUUAUUAGUGUAUGCUCUCCAAAGCAAUAUAUUUUCUCUGAUUGUCAUCCAACAGUACUAGAUAUGCUUUGUGAAAAUGUAAAACUUAAUUUUCCAUUGAAUAAACAACAUAAACUAUCAAACAUGUGUGAUAAACCAUUAAGGCUAAAAUUGCAAUUAAAAUAUGAACAAACUGAUAUUCAAAUAAUAGAUUUGAAAUGGGAGGAUAUUGAUAAAUAUGUAACAGAGAAUUUCUCGCAACCCGACGUAAUUAUUGCCGCUGAUAUUCUCUACGAAAGCGAUUCGUUUGAUUCAUUGACAUUAGGAUUAAAGCAUCUUUUAACAUCAAAUAAUUAUGCUGUUUUUGCUGCUACAAUUCGCAAUGAGGACACUAUUUCGCAGUUUUUGAAGCAUUUAGUUUUUUUCAUUUUAGGAAAUCACAAUCUUGCUUUCAAAGAGUGUGUCGCACCAAAAUGGACAGUGUUGAUACAAUCGAUUAAUUCGCCUGUUCGAAUAUUCAAGAUUUUUCGGAAGAUUUGACGUCAUCAUUUUAUAUUAAAUAAUUGAUAUUAUCGAUUUAUUUACAAAUGGGAGAUAAUCAGACUAGGAGGAUAAUUAAACAAGCGAAUUUAUUAAUAACCUUAGCGUAAAUUCCUAUACAGAAAGAAUUUUCUCUUACAAUUUACCCUGAAAAUCAUGGUAAUCGUGG